AUGAGCGUUCAACAUUUAUCUAUUGACAACCACGCAUUGAAAGAAUAUUACUCAGCGCUUGAUUUAAACUUGAAUAUUUUGAAAGCUUUAAAGAUAAGUGAUAAGCCUGGUAAUAUAAAGCGGAAAUAUCGCGCAGGCACCAAAUACUUAAAUAUUUCAAAAUAGUUCGUUACCUGUGAACCAUUUUUAAAACCAAGCUAUGGAUAGUGAUAGGGAUAGUGAGAGACUGUUUUCCCUGAGAUUGUCCCGUGUGAUGGGGGAUAUUGGGGUCAACAGCUGGAUGAUUGCCAGGAGGAGGAGAACAUACCUGAGGAUAGAGAAAAUGGAAAAUGUGCAUAGCUUUAUGAGGGAUGAGAAUGCUACUAUAUACAUAUUUGGAAGUCAGAGUGAGGCCACAACAACAUUAGGGAUAGAAUCUGACAUUGACCAGUUGAUAUGUGAUAACAAUGAACAUAUCAGCCUCGACUGGAGUGAAUGGCAGUACGGAAAGCUAAACCUUCUGGUGCUAAAGAAUGAGCUCACUCCUCCUCAACAUUGCUACUUGCAUAGACUGAGAUAUGACCGUCCUUUAUCAGCAGUACAAACGUUGGGUCCUGAUGAUGUGCUAGAUGGCGAAGGGAGAGUUCUAUUGACUAACAUUAGGGUUAGAGAUCAGGACAUUUUUCAGAGUUUAAAUGAAUCUGGUGUGGUAUUACGACAUGGUCCAUCAAUGUCAAAUGAUGAAAAGCGUGACUAUGUCGAUGGUUACCACUGUGGCAAAUUACCAAAGGAAUGCCAGUUUAUGUUCAACAGACCACGCCCUGGACACUGGCCCCGACCCGACAUACUGAACAAGGCCAGGCAGACUGGAGUCUUCCUAGUGCCACAGGGAUACACUGAGAGCCCAGCUAAGCAAUCAAAGUGUAAAUCUACAGCUUUUAUGGUUCCUUCAAAGUUAACUAAUUACCCAUAUUCAAAAUGGCAGUGGAGAUUUUCAACUUCAUUGAUGGAAAGGUGUUUAAUGUUUGACUUUAACACAGUUCAAGUGAAAGUAUAUACCCUUACCAAAAUAUUGCGAAAAACGUAUUUUAAACCUGUGUUUGGAGACAGAUUCAGCACAUUUCAUAUAAAGACUGCAAUGAUGUUCACAAUAGAAAAUUACCCUGUAGACAUGUGGAGGGAAGACAACAUUGUCAAAUGUGUGUGUCUACUCUUGACAACGCUGAAAAGAUGGUUGAAACAGAAGCUCUGUCCCCACUUUACAAUAUCUGGGGUUAAUCUGUUGGUGGGAAAGUUACACAGUUGGGAGCUUCCGAAACUAAGCAGCAUCAUUUCCAAUCUCAUCAACACCAAACUGCUGUGUCUAUUUUAUACUGAUAUGGACAAUAUUGGCUUAAGAUUGCUACAGUGCUCAAGUCUUGAAAACAUACCAUGUCUGAAUGUGAGCACAAGAACCCAGACCUGUGGUGCUGUUCUACAUGAACUGUUGUUAAACGAAAUGUGUAACCUUACAGUUUGUACUGAAAAUAUUGUUACUAAUCAUUCAGUAGCUGACAUUGUAAACUUCUGUUUGAGCCUACAGAGUAUGUCUAUUUCCAACAGUGACCUUGGCCAUGAAGUAUUUCCUCUGCUGAUCCCAUUCCUACGCAGCACCGUUGCCACCGUGCUGACUUCAAUGUGCAUCUACCUGGGUCAACCAAUCACACAGGAUAUCUUCCACUGGUACCAGCUUUCACUGAACUCUGACCUUAUGUCCAGCAGGUUGAAGUUUGCCUCCAUGUUGUUCUGCAGAGAGGAGUAUGAAGAAGCUGCAGAAGUUCUGACUAACUGUGAGGGCCUGCUGGGACCAGAAGUGUGGCAGUGCUGUGGACAUAAAGGAAUGAAAUAUCUGGUACCAAGCACUAAGUUGAAGAACAAGUUGGUCACAUUGUCAGCCAUUGAAGCAGUAACGAAACACACAAUGGUGUGUAUAACCUUUACAAAAGCAGAAAUAAACUGCAUCCCACAACAUCUUACUUAUGAAAUGCUUAGAAGUAUUGAAGCUGAACACGGACAACAUUAUAUCGAUUGGAAGAACAAUGUUGUCAUUGACUGCAUCCCAUUCCUGUACUACCUACAACAUCUCACUUACAGGGAACUGAGCCAGCACAGGAGAGCACAAGCGGCGCUUCAUAACCUACAUGAGUACACAACAGGAACACUCCACGGCCACAUUGACACAGCCUUCAACAUGCUGGGCCAUUGCUUUGAACUACAGAACAGGCUGGACCUGGCUUGGAUGUGCUAUGGCAGAUCACUGGAAAUCUAUGACCGAGACAAUGUCUCCAUAUGGCAUGCAGCCAGAAUACUACAUCAGUUUUUACGUUGCUGAUAUUCACAUUGACACAGCCUUAAACAUGUGGGGUCACUUUUGUGAACUUAAGAACGGGAAAUGGCUAUACCUUGCUUGGAUAUGCUAAAGUAGAUCAUUGGACGUCGAUGACAGAGACAAUGUAUCGAUCUAGCAUGUAGCCAGGAUUAUUCAUCAGUUUUCAUUUUUAAACAAGGAUGUUAUGUUUUAACAUUUUGUAUUAUUUUCUAUUGAAUUUUAUUUAACCACUUUUUAACAUUGAAACUUGAUUGUAUGUGAAUAUGAAACCAAAUUAAAUAGCACGAGAUCUGUGUAAAUAAUAAAUAAAUGAGAACACAGACAAAAACUAUUCAUUUUAAGAUUAUUAAAACUUGCCUUAUUUCUAUGAAAAACCGACGAGCUAAAAGGGCAAUAAAUGAAUUUUUUUUUAAAAAAGCAUACUAUAUACUAUUUAUAACAGAUAUGCAAAUAAUCAGAAAUACAUGUAAAUACUAUUUCAAUUAGAAAAUGAUUAUGAUUAAUUUGACUGGAAAUAAUGUUUUGUAUCCCUUCAACAUUGUGCUUAAUCCUUUGUAUAAUGUAUAUGAUACAUUUUUGGCAAAAUAAAAGACAUACUAAUCAGAUGUUUUCCAUUACAUACACGGCAAUUAGUCAUUCAAUGGCAUUUUUAGUCUAAUACUGACAUGUACCAUACAAUCAGGUAUCGAUGGUAAAUGUUUGGCUCUGUUACGCUCAAUGUUCGAAGAAGUGAAGCUUUGUGUUAAACAUGUAGGUACAUUGUCUGACUGCUUUGAUAGUAAUGUCGGAUUACUUCAGUAUUGCGUUGUGGAUUUAUAAUAGUGUAACCUGUAGGAAAUUGUGGUUUCAUCAGGUGUAGUGAUGUCUUUCCACUACAUCUCUUACAAACAGGACUUACAGUGUUGUCCAUGUGGGAUUGUUAUUUGCCAUUCUUAAACAACAGGUUUUAAUUUGAAAAAAACCCAGCAAAGAGAUGAUCAUAUUCAGUGGUUCAUGCUUGAUUUUGAAACAUUGAAAUAAUUCAUGAAUCAUAUUAUAGUACUGUUAAACAGCAGCACAAAAUGAGUAAAGCCAGUAUUCCUUCUUUUGAUGAAUAAAUACUUGGAGUGCUUAUUUAAGGUCAUGGUAAAGGUUGCUUUGAAAUUGAAAUUCUGAUUUUUUUGUGUGUUUUCUUUUUAUGAAGAAUAGUAUUCAUAUGUGCAAACAACUCAAAGGUUUUUAAAGACCUGUUGCUGAAAUCAGAAAUGAACGACCCGUGAGCCUUCUUUGUAAGAGAUGUGAUUGAUCAAAGAAUGUUUGUGUUUUGGAGUAAGAGUAUAUUUUUGUUGGUAACUAUCAGAAAUAAAAAGUAUACCUCGGGUUUGUUAUAUAUUUAAAGUUAAGAAUGGAGCUAAUUU